AUGCAGAGCGGCCGCGUGCUCACGGGCCGUGACGAACGGCGCAAUCCUCUCGUGAAGCAACUCGUACUGGAGAACGACGGCCCUGCCAAGAUCAGUCAUUUAAACUUCGGUUUACUAUCGGACAUCGACAUGAUGCAGAUGUCGGAAUUCCGGGUCCAGUCCAAAGACCUGUUCAAAGUCCAGACCCGGGAACCUGCAGCGCUUGGUGUCCUGGACAAGCGCCUGGGCGUCAGUAACAAGAAAGAUUCGUGCGAAACCUGCCACCUCAAGCUCGCGGACUGUGUGGGGCACUUUGGCUACAUUAAGCUCGAGCUCCCAGUGUUCCACAUUGGCUACUUUCAAGCCAUUACGGAGAUCUUGCAGAACAUUUGCAAGCAGUGCAGUCGCGUCUUGCUCGCGCCUUUGGAUCGUGCGACCUUUCUCAAACGGAUGCACGAUCCGCGCGCGGAUGUCUUGAGGCUCAUUGGACUCCGGAAGAAAAUUGCCGCCAUGUGCAAGAAAGUUAUCAAAUGUCCCUAUUGUGACGCGCUCAAUGGCACUGUCCGGAAAAUCACGAGCACGACCUUGAAGUUGGUGCAUGAAAAGUUUCGGGCGAAAGCCACGCACGACCUUCGCAAUGUUUUCGUUGCGCAAUUUGCAGAAGCUCAAGCGCAGAAUCCGGAAUUGGGGCAGCACUUGUCGAAAGCACAAGACGAUUUGAGUCCGUUGAUCGUGCAGUCGCUGUUUCAAGCGAUUCCGGAUCAAGAUUGUGCACUGCUGUGGGUUGAUGCGGAUGGCGGACGACCGGAAAAGUUGAUUCUCAGUGCCGUGUUAGUGCCGCCAGUGUGUAUUCGUCCGUCCGUGGCAAUGGAUGGAGGCAUUGGGAGCAAUGAAGAUGAUAUUACGGUCAAGCUGCAGGAGAUUGUGCAGGUGAAUUCAGCGCUGCGAGCCGCACUACAAAAGGGGGCAUCGUUAAAGAUGGUGAUGGAAGACUGGGACUUUUUGCAGAUCCAGGUCGCACAACUCAUGAACGGAGACACGCCGGGGUUAGUCAAACCGCCAGGCACAAAGACUGGCACUCGCGGUCUAUGCCAGCGGCUAAAGGGCAAACAAGGACGUUUUCGUGGCAACUUGUCAGGCAAGCGUGUCGAUUUCUCAGGCCGCACGGUUAUUUCACCUGAUCCGAACUUGAGAAUCGAUCAAGUGGGUGUCCCGGAGCAUGUGGCCAAGACCAUGACGUACCCGGAAAGUGUGACGCGUUACAAUCUUGAAAAGCUGCGCAAGUGCGUCGUCAAUGGACCUAAUGUGCAUCCCGGAGCUAAUGUCAUCCGUAUUCAAGGCCAGAAGUUUACGAAAAACUUACUGUACGGAGACCGUGCCAGCCUGGCAGACGAGCUCAAGAUUGGCGAUGUGGUCGAGCGUCACAUGGAAGAUGGCGACAUUGUGCUGUUCAAUCGCCAGCCUUCCCUUCACAAGAUGUCCAUUAUGUCUCACCGCGUCAAAGUGAUGCCAUGGCGCACGUUUCGUUUCAACGAAUGUGUCUGUUCGCCGUACAAUGCCGAUUUCGAUGGUGACGAAAUGAACAUGCAUCUUCCUCAGACAGAGGAGGCUCGCACUGAGGCGAUUACACUAAUGGGCGUGGAACAGAAUCUCAUCACGCCUCGCAAUGGUGAACCGUUGGUUGCUGCGACGCAGGAUUUCCUGACGGCGUCGUACCUGCUCACGCAGAAAAACAUUUUUUUUAACCGCGAACAAUUCUGCCAGGUCAUUUCAAUCAUGAGUGAUGCGAGUGAACACAUCGAGCUGCCUCCCCCGGCUAUCGUGCUGCCGGUUCGACUUUGGACUGGCAAGCAGGUGAUCAGCCUUUUGAUCAAGCCCAACUCACAAACGAAAGUUUUGGCAAACUUGGAGCUCAAGGAGCGCAACUACACGAGCAACAAGUACAUGUGUUGGAAGGACGGAUAUGUGUGCUUCCGUAACAGCGAACUCAUUUGCGGCAAUCUAGGCAAGAAGACGCUUGGCGAUGGCAGUAAACAGGGUUUAUUUUACGUGUUGAUUCGUGACCAUGGAUCUCACGAAGCUGCCCGGUGCAUGAAUCGUUUGGCCAAGCUCUGUGCGCGCUGGCUUGGCAAUUUCAAAGGGUUUUCAAUCGGUAUUGAUGAUGUGACGCCUUCCGAGGAGCUCGCAAAGGAGAAAGAAAAGCUGCUUCAAACUGGCUACGACGCUGCCAAUAGCUCGAUUGAGGACUACCGACAGGGCAAGUUGUCAUUAAAGCCCGGCUGUAACGCUAUCCAGUCUCUUGAGAGCGAGCUGAAUGGCUUGCUAGGUAAGCUGCGUGAGACCGCUGGUGCCGAGUGUAUGCGCACGCUGCCGUUCCACAACAAUCCGCGCAUCAUGGCUGAAUGUGGCUCAAAAGGCAGUGCGCUCAACAUCUCUCAGAUGAUGGCAUGUGUGGGUCAGCAGUCAGUGGGCGGCAAGCGUGUGCCAGAAGGAUUCGUGAACCGGACUUUGCCGCACUUUCUUCCUCACGCUCUGCAUGCGGCUGCCAAGGGGUUUGUGGCCAACUCGUUCUACAGCGGACUGACAGCCACUGAGUUUUUCUUCCACACGAUGGGUGGCCGCGAAGGUCUUGUCGAUACUGCUGUGAAAACGGCCGAGACAGGGUACAUGGCUCGUCGUCUUAUGAAAGCUCUCGAGGAUCUAUCGUGCCAGUAUGACCAAACAGUGCGCAACUCGGAAGGAUCGGUGGUGCAAUUUACUUACGGCGAUGAUGGACUGAAUCCAGCAUUCAUGGAGGGUGAUGAUCGGCCGGUUGACUUCCAUCGUCUGCUGGAGCAUAUUCGCAAUACCUUACCUGACCGCGAGUCUCCUGCAUUACUUCCGUUUGAGUUGCGCCGCCUGGGCAAGCAGGUUGUGCAGCGUUUUCAGUUUCAAGCGAUUUUGCCGACGGGACGCAAGUUUUUGAUUGAGAUCGAAGAGUUCUUGGGUAGUGUUGCAAGUGAGAUUGCUUCAAAUCGGACGGGCUGUGGGAUCGAGUCGAUGGAUACGAACGUGAAGACUUAUGCUUCGAAGCUUGAGAAGGCUUUUGAUGACGGCAAGGCGGCUAGUGUGCUUAAGACCAAGUCGGAAGCUGGCGGAGAAACGAAGAAGGAGAAGAAGAUCCAGAUCUCCACGAACUUGGAGAAGCUCGCCAAGCUGAAUGGAAGACGUCGAUUGGUGAAGCCUGGUGCCGAGUUAGGAGAUGAUACGGAGGACUCGGAUGAGGACAUGGAUUUGGAUCUGACAACUUACAAGAGUAAAGGGCUGGACAAGGUGGGUCUGCCUGAAUGGGAACGUGCUCGCUUUAGUAGUGCAAAGUGCCGUGCUGAGUGGAGCAAAAGUGCGGGCAUGGAGGGUACAUCUGAGAAGGAAGAGGCAGCGUGGCUGCUGUCGCAUAACGUGUGUCGUAUUACGGUCAAGCAGGUCGAAAAGUUGCUGGAAAUCUCGCUGUACAAGUACAACCGCGCUGGUAUGGAACCCGGCGAGGCUGUGGGUGCUGUAGGCGCACAGUCUAUCUCGGAGCCUGGUACGCAGAUGACGCUGAAGACGUUUCACUUUGCCGGUGUUGCCAGCAUGAAUGUGACGCUCGGUGUCCCUCGUCUCAAAGAAAUUAUCAAUGCGUCUAAGGUCAUCAGUACACCCAUUAUUACAGCGGCGUUGGUGUGCAAGACCGAUGAACGCUCGGCACGUAUCGUGAAGGGACGGAUUGAGAAAACAACGCUGGGCGAAAUCGCCGUGCACAUAAAAGAAGUCUUUGCUCGCGAUCAGGCGUAUCUAUCGGUAAAGCUGGACUUGGCAGCGAUUGAGCAGCUACACCUGAAUAUCACGGCACGGUCUGUGCGUAACAGCAUUUUAAACGGUGUCGGUGUGGGCCCGCGUGGUGCCCUACGCCUUUUGAAGGAGCAGCACGUGCUACUGAACGCCCGCUGUCCCGACAAACUGCGUCUACUAGCGCCGCCCAACUACAAGGGCGCCAAGGGUGACACGCGCGGUGCUUACUUUGCUCUGCAAGCACUCAAAGCGGAAUUGCCUGGUGUAAUUGUGCAGGGCAUCCCGACGGUGAAUCGUGCUGUGAUUAACUACGAGGAGGUACAGAAUGAGGAUGCGCCGAAGUCGCUCCAUUUAUUAGUUGAGGGCUAUGGUCUCGCCGAAGUCAUGGGCAUCCCUGGCGUCGAUGGACUUCACACAACUUCGAACCACAUUGUUGAAGUCGAGAAGACGCUGGGUAUUGAGGCAGCGCGUGAGCUUAUUAGCUCCGAGGUGAACUACAUCAUGAGCGCUUAUGGUAUCGGUAUCGACCGACGCCAUUUGAUGUUGUUAUCGGAUAUCAUGACGUUCAAGGGCGAAGUACUGGGUAUUACACGUUUCGGCAUUGCAAAGAUGAAAGAGAGCGUGCUGAUGCUGGCAUCGUUUGAGAAGACUACUGACCAUCUCUUUGAUGCUGCAGUGCACUCACGGACGGACGCAAUUGUGGGAGUCAGUGAGUGCAUUAUUAUGGGUAUCCCAAUUCCUCUGGGAACGGGUAUUUUCAAGCUGCUUCGUCAAGUGGAGAAACCUCGUGUGCAGCAGAGGCGGCCACUACUGUGCUCUGGGAACGGGUAUGUUUAG